GAAGAAGGGGUAGCCAUUUUGGACGGACAGGUUUGAUGAACGAAAACUUUCCGGUCAGAUUUGUCUACUUUGUUGAUAUUUGGCCCUGAAAUUUUAUGCUAAACUUUUGACAUAUAACCUUGAAAAUGAGUUGGCGCGGAGCUCCGCGCGGAGGCGGUCGGGGUAGAGGUGCGGGUAGAGGUAGAGGGCGCGGGAGAGGCCGUGGGGGGUUCUUCCCCAAGCUGGCGCCCACGGCGCUCCCAACCAAACCCCCUCCUCAGAAGCGGUCGCGCGACGAAGAACUGGAAAUCAAAGUCAAGCCCCUGCCGAGUCGGGACGACGAUCGGGAGGACAGUCCCGACUGGAUCGAGCUGCAAAGCCGCGACAAAGGCAGCAGUCGGGACGGCCGCGACAGGGGCAAAGAACGCCGCGGUAGCAGCGACCGGGGCGACAAGCAUGACAAAGCCCCACGAGACGCCAAGGAAAGAGACCGCGAUCGCUCCUCGCACGGGAAGGGCGACAAGCCAGACAGGGAGGAGCGAGGGUCGCGGGGUAGCUCUCACUCGAGCGCCAGCCGCGCUAAAGAAGAGAAAGGCGGUUCCCAACGCGAGGGAAAGCCGCAUAAAGAAUCUCACAGUAGUAAAGAGGCUGCCAAAUCAUCACAAAAGAGGAAAGAGUCUGGUAGAGACGACUAUAAAGAGUCAAGAGAUCCCUCCUCCUCACGCGGUAGGGAGAAAGAUAGGUCCAAGGGUGACUCCCAUGGGGACAGGAGGGACUCAAAGGGGAGGGAAUAUGAUGAUUACGGGGAGGAGAAGGGGAGGGAGAAGGGGAGGGAUGGCAGCAACAGAGACUCCAGAACAAGAAAACACGAGGAGCGGCCAAGUACAGGAGAAGGUGGAAAGUCUGUGAUGGAUAGGCUUGGUCCAGAGAAGAGGGAUAGUGGAGACUAUGAUAUGUUCACUGGCGGCAGCACUCGCAGGUCCAGGUCCCCUCUUGAGGAGGGCCUGCGCAUCACUGUCGGCAAUGACCGCUACUGGAGGGAACAGGCAGCCAAGAAGCCCCUGGAGGCUCGGCUGGGCCCUCCGCCGGACGACCUCACGCCUGACCACAAUCCCCCCGACAUGGAUCGCACGCCUCCGCACGAUUUUUCCCCUCGUCCGUAUCAUAGUGAUCCUCGGUAUGAAGAUCAAUAUGACAGGCCCAGCAGCAGGGAGCAGGAUCGGUACGAGAAAGGAGGCUACUACAGACGAGAAGACGACGAGAUCUACAGCAGGCAGGAUGCGUUCUACGACCGACCAGGGGACGGGCGAUCCAGAUCGCGGUCUGACUCUCGUUCACCCAGGCGCGAGUCAUACCAAGACCGCGACGAUCGCUAUUCACACAGGAAAGAGGGCGGUAGCUCCUCUCGGGGGAAGAGGGACUACAGGGACGAGAAAAGGGGGGACAAGCCAUCACAGAGAGACAAGUACUAUGAGAAGGACAAGUAUGAGAGAGACAGAUACAAGGAAGAAAAAUACCAGGAUGACAACAGGGAGAGCGGGCGAGGGCAUUCCUUGGAGAGAAAGGAGGAGCAACAAAAAAUGUUUCUACCAGCUCCAACUCAGUGGGGCAGGCAAGAAGAAUCCCACUACCCAGAGUUGGACAAGGCUCGGGAGGCAGCCAGAAGGGCAGAGGAAGAACUACAGAAGUAUGGCAUCAUUGUUGGCAAACAGAAAAGGGAAGAGAUGGCUGAAGCAAUCCGCAUGGGCGAAGGGAGUGCUCUACGUGCACUGCAAGAGUUGAUUCCAGGGUUCCAAGCAGACACUGCUCCCAACCCCAACCAACCUCCACCAGCUCAGAUGGAACAGCUGCCAGCUAGCACUUACGACCAAAGACAACAACCGAUGCCCAGGUCAGAGCCAGCACCAUACCAGCGACCACCUGCCUCACAAAGCUCCGACAUGCCUGCUUUUGGUGCUUCCUCAGCAAAGCUGGGUAUCCCUGGCAUGAAUGCCUACGAACAGACCGGACAAGCACAGCCCCCACCUCCACAGGCAAAGCCUAAAAAGUCGAUAUUGAAAAACCGUUCUGAACCUCCACCUCAGUCCAGUUCAGACAGCUUUGGCCCAGGAGAUGGGUAUGGACAACCACCCAAAAGUGAGGGUGGAGGCAUCCCAGGUUUGUUCGAUUCCCCAAGUUCAGGAGGGGACUUCUUCUCCAGGCUGGGUGGCCUCAACUCAGGCAACUUAUUUGGGUCUGAAAAAAGGGAGGAGAAACUUCCACUCAUCGACACAAUAGAGGAUGAGGAGCUGUUUCUGUAUGGGGAUGAAGAGAAGAAGAAGGAGCCUGAGCCAGAACCGUACGUCCCAACUCCCACGUCCACCGCACCUCCCAUCCAGACUGUUGCCUCCAUGCAGGCGCCACAACAACAACCAAUGGACAUUCCUCCUCCAAGUGUUGCCAGCGCUGCAGAUCUCAGCAACGACAAGCUGAGAAACAUCCUCCAGUCCAUUGGGUUUGACUUUGAGAAGUCGCAGAGAGGAGGCCAGCAGGUUGGGGCCAGCCGGCCUGAGGACGACAGGGAGCAGCAGUCCCAGUACAGAAGGCGGAGCAGGAGCCGCAGCGGCAGCCUGUCGCCCAGCCGCUACAGGAGGGAGUCCAGCCACGGCAGGGACAGGCGGGAGUCAAGCUACGGGAGGGACCGGGACCGCCGCGAGACCAGCAGGGGGAGGGACCGGAGAGACAGGUCCUACAGCCCGGACCGGGACAGGAGGUACUCCACGGAGAAGGACUACGACAGGAGAGACAGCCGGUACGUCGGGUCCGGGAUGUACAAGAGGUCGUCAGCUGUUGAUGACCUGUUGGCCCUUGCAUCUGCACCCAGCAGCAGCCACUAUACGUCAUCAACGACUUCUCACCCACCCUUCCCUCCCCCAGUUAGCAAUGCUCCUCCUUAUGGACAUCCACCCAAUCAGCCUCCCUAUGGACAUCCACCCAACCAGCCCCCGUACCAUGGAGCACCUACGUCGGGAUACCCUAACUAUCCUCCUCCACAACAAGGGUAUGGUCCGUACGGAGGGUAUGACCCACGUGGGCCUCCCCCGCCCCAACCCUGGCCCCUGCAACAAGGAGGCCCUCCACCCCACGGUGGCCCAAUGCCUCCUAGAGGGCCACUAAUACAAGGGGGCCCACCCCACCUAGCAGGCCCACCACCUCCAGUGACUCAGCCAGACCCUCGGGCCAAUCUGAGAUCCAUCCCUAUCCAAGACAAGAAAGAUGAUCAGAAAACUGAGGUUAAGACAGAGGAGAGCGAGCAAAAACCAAAGUCCAACAGGAUCGUCAUUCCUCCACGCUCUGCGCAACAACGGCAAAAGGAAGAGGAAGCUCUGAAACAGGAGCAGGCACGGAAAGACAAGGAGCUUGCCGAGAAGCAGGAGAGUUUCCUUGAGAAGCAGCGUCAGGAGAAGGCCCGCCAGACCCAGCUGAAGGAGAGGAAAGACAGGAUCAAGAAGAGGAUUGAGUUCCUUGAAGAGGAGCUGGAGAGGCUGCGCAAGCAACAGGGCGAGCUUCUGCGUAAGAAACGCAGACAGAAAGACGGCCACAAGGACCCACUGCUGGUGGAGAACAGCAAGCUGCAGGAGGACAUCGCCAAACAGAUCUCCGAGCUGCGGAAACAGGCUGAGGAAGUCGCUGCAGUCAGCAUCCCAGGGCUGGAGACAGGCUCGUCGGAGGACAAGACAGCUAAGGUGGCAUCAGCCGAACAGUCAUCCCCGGUGAAGAAGCCAGAGCCCCCAGCAGCAGUGAAGACAGAACCAGUAGACAACACGGUCUAUGAUUUCUUUGAUCCUGGGAACCACUGGUGCAAACCCUGCAACCAGAUCUUCACCAACCUGCUGGAGUUUCUCAACCACACCCACAGCCGCAAGCAUCUACAGCACAUUGAUCCGUAUGACCGCCCGUGGAUGCCAGAGUCUCUCAGGACUGAGCGGGAGCGGAAGGCGCGGCCUAAUAUGAAUUUCCAAGUGGUGCCAGUGCAAGGUCCUGAGUUCAUGUUGCCUGUGAUGGGUUUCUACUGCCAGCUGUGUGAGGAGUUCUCUGGGGACCAGAUCUGUGCUGAAGACCACAUCAAAACUGACAAGCACCGUCUCAGCUACAAGAAACACUUGGAUGCAAAUCCAUUCUACGAGCGACGCCGGAACCUGGACAAAGCCGCAGGGAUGGCCGUCAUCGAGGAAAUCAACCGCCGCAAGGAGGAAGAGAAGCGCCACAAGGAGAGGGCAGAGCUGCAAGAACGCAGGCACGAGGAGCAGGAAAAGAAACGCAAGAGACUGGAACAACAGGAAAAAGUUCUCGACGAGAAGAAGAGAAAGCUGAUUGAGAAGGAAAAGAAGAAGGAAGAAAAGGUACAAGAACUUGAUGCUGAUGCGUCCACAAAGCCCCAUGCACCCUCCACGCCAAGCACACCAUCAGGUGCAGGCAAAGGCAUCAAGUUGACUCUAGCAGGAGACAAAGGCGAGGGUAAACCCCAAACGUCAGGCUUUGGUAAAUUUACGUGGAGGCCUGGCAGCGGGCAAGGUGGCCAGAAUGGGAAGGGAACCUCCACCCCCACUGGGAGGAACACGCCAACACCCGAGGACGGAAAGACGAGUCCCGGUGGAACAGGUAAGCCUUCCGUCAUGAUGACACGGAAGAUUCCCAAGGCUCCUCCAGUGCAGGCCAGGCCCAUUCCCACCCUAACCACCAGCCUGCCGCUCCGCAAAGCCAAGCCAGAGAAACCGGACAGACAUUCCGAGAGGUCGGUCCUCCCCGUAUCAAACCAGAGGGGCAAGUCAGAGCCGCAGAAGCUUCCCAGUCAGGAGGAGAUAAAGAAGGCGUUUGGAGCCCAGGGUGCCUCGGGCUCAAAGGACAGAAGUUCACCCGAGCCACCCGUCCCGGGAACAGAAGACUUGCCUCCCCGUAAAACACCCCCUUCAACUAGUUGACAACGUAGUUCAGCGGUGAUAGCAAUGACCCAGAUUCGGGUACAGCCCUUAAAUCAGCCAAGUCGAGUUCAUCCCAGGUUACCUGAGGUCACUGCUGAGGACGUGGCGCGGGGGCCGACGGGAGCUGGGCAAGUAAACAAUAUGGCGAGACAAGAUGACGCGCAGGCGGGCACCGCCACGGAACUGGCCGCGAACAGCGAGCUCCUCGGCCUCAACCCGCCCUUCACGGACGGGCCGCCGCCGCCUUUCUGCCUGAUAUGCAACGACAGGGCCUCUGGCUACCAUUACUCGGUGUACUCGUGCGAGGGCUGCAAGGGUUUCUUCAAACGGUCUGUACAGAAGAACCUGUCGUACAAGUGUAAGGGGGAGGGGCACUGCGAAAUCAACAAAUUCACGCGAAACAACUGCCAGGCCUGUCGAUUUCAGAAAUGUAUGGACAACGGGAUGAAGAAGGAAGCGGUAAGGGAGGACAGGGCACCAGGGGGGCGUCAGGGACAGAAGAGAAUGCGACAUUCCUACCACUACUCCUCCCAGAGUGAUCUGGAGAGCACCUGCAACUCAACAGGCAGCACAGGCAGCCCCAUCGACUGUAGCUCGCCGGGGGAGCCUGAGAGUGAUAUAUUCUACUGUGAUGACCUGGGGAAAACUUUAGUCAACUCCAAACCUGACCUGAUCCCACGCUUGCCUGAUGGAACUAAGUUUGAUAGCACAGUGGCCCCGGAGCCUGGCCAGGUCAAUGUGAUGAUGCAGCUCGGGUAUGAUGAGUUGCGGAUGAUCAUCGAGUGGGCGCGAAAAGUACCCGGGUUCAACGAACUGCAGAUGGAGGACAGAAUGGCCCUUCUAAAGAGCUCUUUCAUGGAUCUGAACUGCCUCCGACUUUCUUACAGGUGUCUGCCUUGGCUACCAAAAGUCUACUUCGGGCACGGCCUGGUGCUGACGAUUGAGGAGACGGCGGGUCUGGGGUGGAACAGGGACAUGAUCACACUGUGGGAACAGUACGUGGAGAGACUGCAGGAGAUGAAGGUGGACCACGUGGAGUUCUGUCUGCUCAAUGCCUUGGUUCUAUUCUAUCCAGAUGCCUCUGGUCUGAAGGACAAGCCUAAGGUGACGAGUCUACAAGGUGACGUGCUGAAGAGCCUACGCCAUUACACCGUCUCCAGGUUUAAUGAUUCCAGAAGACAUGCAAAGAUCCUGCUGAGGCUGCCGGCACUGCGCACCUUCAGCUCCAAGGCCCUGGAGUCCUACCUGUCCAUGGCGCUGGACGGAGUCCUCAAGGUGGACGAGCUGGUCACAGAGAUGCUGUCCUGAGAAACGUCCUCAUCUUGUUAUCGGCAAGCAAGGCUGUGUUCACCGCUCCGACUGUAAGGUGUCAUUUUAUGUAGUACACAUCCUGAGGAGGGAUCCGUAUCAUGGGGGCAGGAAGUAAUGAUUCAGAAGUAUUGCACGCUGCCUGCACCUUCCAAAUGCUACUCGUACAAUGUAACAGUUUUACUGUAGGUGUCUCUUACAGCUUGGCUCUAUAGGCAUCAGUAGUAUCACAUGACACACACCUAAUCUGUGAUAUCUGUAACACACUAAUCUGUAAUAUCUGUAGGUGGCUUGUGUUGGCCACCUGCACCUGUAAUAGCAUGUACAAUGUAGGUGUCGCCUGAACUGUAGAUAACACCUUGUACUACCAUACAAUUACAAUAAUUGGGUGAGAAAUGGAUGUCUUGUGGAAGGGCUUUUGUGCUGCCUAAAAAAUAGAAUACACAUUUCAACAUAAUAUUGGUAGCACCAAAAGCGAAGCAAGAAGUCCCUGCUGCAGACUAACACACACAUGUAAACUUAAUAGUGUUCUUGAACAUUGUACCGACUCAG